GAAUCGCCGGAGAGAGCAGACCACAUUAUCUAAUUAUCCAGAGAAAACACCGUCUUCGGGCAAAACCCCUCACAAACAGAGAGAGGCAUAGAGAGAGAAAUGAGCUCUCAAACUCUACAAUUCCGGACAAACCCAUUUGUUCAAUCCCCGUUUCAUCGCCAUACAUUCGUUUUCGUUCCCUCGAAGCUCCAAUUUCAGCUAAAGCGUCCGUUUUCCGGCCACCGAUUGCGGUGUCGCCGCCGUUCUCACGGCGGGGUCAGGAGCUCGGCGGCGGAGACUCAAGAAACUGGGAAUUCGAAGCGUGAUUCAUCGGCGACUGUUGUAACCAAGAGGGUCUAUCCAUUUCACGAAAUCGAGCCCAAGUGGCAGCAGUACUGGGAGGAGAACCGUACGUUUCGGACACCGGAAGAUGUCGAUACUGCGAAACCCAAGUUCUAUGUUCUUGAUAUGUUCCCUUAUCCAAGUGGAGCAGGAUUGCAUGUGGGACAUCCACUGGGUUAUACGGCAACUGAUAUUCUCGCGAGGUUGAAACGUAUGCAGGGUUACAAUGUUUUGCAUCCAAUGGGAUGGGAUGCUUUCGGAUUGCCUGCUGAGCAAUAUGCUAUCGAGACAGGAACCCAUCCGAAAGUUACAACAGCAAAGAACAUUGAACGCUUCCGAACCCAGCUCAAAUCACUAGGCUUCUCAUAUGACUGGGAUCGUGAAAUUUCUACUACGGAACCAGACUUUUAUAAAUGGACUCAGUGGAUCUUUCUUCAGCUUUAUAAGAGAGGUUUGGCAUAUCAGGCUGAAGUACCUGUUAAUUGGUGCCCGGCUCUUGGUACUGUCUUGGCCAACGAGGAGGUGGUGGAUGGAGUUAGUGAACGUGGUGGUCACCCCGUUAUAAGAAAGCCGAUGCGGCAGUGGAUGCUGAAGAUUACAGCAUAUGCUGAUCGCCUUCUGGAAGAUUUAGAAGAACUUGACUGGCCUGAAAGUAUAAAAGAAAUGCAAAGAAACUGGAUAGGGAGAUCGGAGGGAGCUGAAUUGGAAUUUCUGGUUCUUGACGCUGAAGGCCAGGAAUCUGGCACAAAAAUCACGGUUUACACCACCAGGCCUGAUACCCUUUUCGGAGCAACUUACUUAGUUGUGGCACCAGAGCAUCAUUCUUUGUUGUCCUUUGCCUCUGCAGAACAGAGACAACAAGUUGAGGAAUACAAAGAUCUUGCAUCAAGGAAAAGUGACCUUGAGCGAACAGAACUUCAGAAGGAAAAGACCGGUGUCUUCACAGGUUGUUAUGCAAGAAAUCCAGCUAACGGGGAUGCAAUUCCUAUAUGGGUAGCAGAUUAUGUUUUGGCGAGUUAUGGAACUGGAGCAAUCAUGGCUGUCCCAGCUCACGACACUCGUGACUAUGAGUUUGCUUUGAAGUACAACAUUCCAAUCAAGUGGGUAGUGAAAUCAAAUGAAGCAAAUUCUGGUGACCCUGGGACCGUUUUUACAGGGGUGGGCACAAUUGAAAAUUCGUCAAACCUACAAACAGGACUCAAUAUCAAUCAAAUGUCUAGCAAAGAAGCUGCUUCAACGGUUAUUGAAUGGGCCGAGAAGACUGGCAACGGAAUGAGAAAGGUAAAUUACAAGUUGAGGGACUGGCUAUUUGCACGGCAGCGUUACUGGGGUGAACCUAUCCCAGUCUUGUUUUCGGAUGAUACUGGUGAAACCAUCCCAGUUCCCGAAUCCGAACUGCCGCUUAUUUUACCCGAGUUAGAUGAUUUUACUCCCACCGGGACAGGGGAACCGCCACUAGCAAAAGCAGUUUCAUGGGUGAAUACCAUGGAUCCUACAUUGGGAAAACCUGCCAAAAGAGAAACGAGCACUAUGCCACAAUGGGCUGGGUCUUGCUGGUACUACUUGAGAUUCAUGGAUCCAAGAAAUUCAGAAGCCUUAGUUGACAAGAGAAAAGAAAAGUACUGGAGUCCAGUGGAUGUGUACGUAGGUGGUGCUGAACAUGCUGUCCUGCACUUACUGUAUUCUAGAUUUUGGCAUAAGGUUCUUUACGACGUUGGCGUUGUGUCAACAAAAGAACCUUUCAAGUGUGUCAUAAAUCAGGGAAUCAUCCUCGGGGAAGUCCAGUAUACAGCUUGGAAGGACCAAGAAGGCAAAUAUGUAUCUGCAGACAGCAAUGAACUGUUGAAUGAAUAUCAACAAGUGACGAUUCCGGAAGAAAAAGUUAUGAAGUCUGGAGAUCAUUUCGUCCUGAAAGAUGAUCCUGGGAUUCGUCUGAUUGCACGUGCUCAUAAAAUGAGCAAAAGUAGAGGAAAUGUUGUCAAUCCCGACGAUGUUGUGCUAGAGUAUGGUGCAGAUUCCCUGCGCUUGUAUGAGAUGUUCAUGGGACCAUUCCGGGACUCGAAAACUUGGAGCACAAGCGGGAUUGAAGGCGUUCAUCGUUUCCUUGCAAGAACAUGGAGGCUAAUUGUCGGGUUGCCUUCAUCUGAUGGCUCGUUCAAAGAUGGAACUGUAGUGACUGAUGAAGAACCUACUCUUGAACAACUCCGUUCUCUCCAUAAAUGCAUAGCUAAGGUUACCGAAGAAAUAGAGGGUACAAGGUUCAACACCGGGAUUUCAGCGAUGAUGGAGUUUGUGAAUGCUGCAUUUAAGUGGAAUAGUCAACCGAGAGCAAUCAUCGAACCUUAUGUCCUAUUGCUUUCACCCUAUGCACCUCACAUGGCCGAGGAGCUCUGGUCACGGUUAGGGCAUCACAGUUCUUUGGCAUAUGAACCCUUCCCCGAGGCAAACCCGAUUUAUGUGAAGGACACAACCAUUGUUCUGCCGGUUCAGAUCAAUGGCAAGACUAGAGGCACAAUUGAGAUUGAAGAAGGAUGUUCUGAAGAGGAUGCUUUCGUUCUAGCUUCAUCCGACCAGAAGCUCUCGAAGUAUUUGGAUGGCCAAUCGAUCAAAAAGAGAAUCUACGUGCCCGGUAAGAUCCUCAACGUUAUCCUAAACCAGAAAAAUGUCAAGGUCGCUACGAAGUAGUAAAAGAUUCAUCUGGUAUUUACAUGUAAUGGCAAAGAGAUGAAAAUCUAAGAAAAACCACUUCUUAGAUUUGUUCUGACAACUGGAUAGUUCUUGACAGAGCUUCAGAUACUGAUGUCUCUUAGUUAUGUCACAUCCAUUCUCCAUUGUUAUGUCUGUAGGAAGAUUGUGUAAAGAUCAUUCCUUUUAAUAUAGAUCCCAAUCUCGUUUUUUUCCUC